AUUCAACUGAUACUGCAGAUUCGACAAAUGCAACAAAUGCGACAAAUGCAACAAAGGCGACAGAUGCUCAACCUUCUAGUGACUCAACUUCACCCUCAACCGUGGCUAGUGAUAUUGAAUUAACGCUUACAGUACUUUUGAAAAUGCUAGCUCGGAAAAUUACCAAUGUGAGAAGAUUUCAUAUUAAUUUUAAGCUUCAUUCAUCCAAUCUCGAUGAAGUUGCCAAAGGCGACAUAAAAAACAAAAUUCUGAAAAUUUUGUUGCAACCGGAAAUCAGUGAUCUUUUAAGAUUUACAAAUGAAUUACGUUGGUUCCAAACAAGGCCUAACAAAGGUUACUUUGUUGAACUCGCUGGGAUCUGCUCAAAUUUGGAAAAAUUAAUCAUCAGUCUUGGCAACUUUGAUGAAAGUCAAAUUGACGACGCUACUGAAUUUAUUAGGUCACAAACGCAUUUAAAAGAGUUAGAAAUCUUUAAUUGUAAUUCUGGUAUCCAAAAACUUAUUUCAUUUUCACGGGAGCAAGCGUUAUCUAUACAAACGCUUAUUUUGUAUCACGUAGAUUUUUAUGGAU